AUGCUCGGCUUCGGAUCCUCCAAGACUCGCGCGCACCCGCAUGGCCAUGCCGCCCACGCCCACUCGCACGCGUCAGACUUUCCAAAGCAGUCUCACCGGAAGAACAGGAUUAGAGGUCUCAAGGCGGCCAUCAACAACCCUCGGACAACGGACGACGGUCGUGCUGGAGCGCAGGCGGAGCUGAAUCAUAUGGGGGUGAGGCCGACUAAGCCGAGUUUGCAGACCCGGAUCCGCCACUUCCUCGGUAUGGGAGGCAAAAGCCAUCGCCGCUAG